GUGACUAGGCGGCACAGCAUGCAACACACGCUUCACCUCCCCUGCUACAGGAACGGCAACACCAACAUGAUGUUGUACCGUGCUUCAUAACCUUGCAAAAGGAGCUACUGGCUUAACAGUAGCUGAUGGGCUGCAGCUUGCUUCUCCAUUUGAAUGGAAUAAAAAGCUAAACACAGUGUUGGAAGGUAACUCAGUGAGCCUGACACAGGGGAGUUCUCUAGGUUAGCAUCAGACGGAUUAAUUCAAACUGAUUUUCUUUGUUAGCUAGCACCAAAAAAGACAAAAGUCUAUUUUGUGAACUUGUGGACUAACACAUUUUGUGGAUAACUUAUUUUGGAGAUCUGUUGCAUAAUGUUGUGUUCCACAGGCAUGUUUCACCAGUGGAGUCUUGCUGUUUUCUUGCUGUGCUCCACAGUUCCUCUCUACGGGAGGCCAAUUGAUGAACUUGGUAACAGAAUACAGAGGUCCGUCAGCCAUGUCCAGUUAAUGCAUGAUAAGGGCGACUCACUUCAAGAGUUCAAGCGUCGCCUUUGGCUCCAGAAGCUAUUGGACGAGGUGCACACAGCUGAUGAGCAAGCCCCGACCCUACAUAACAGACCCAACAUUCACACCUUUAUCGGGAGUGUUCUCCACCAGAAGUCCACCGGAGGCACCAAAAACCCGUCUGUGUUCCAUCUGGACCGGGAGGGGGGAAACCUACCCCAGGAGACCAACAAGUCCAUGGCCUAUAAGGACCAGCCACUAAAGGUGGCCGCCAAAAGAAAGAAGAAGGUAAGAGCAGGCCGGCGGAGGGAGAGUGAGAAGAGAAGAAGAAGAACACGUUCGGCCAGAACACGAGACCGUGGAUAGUCUUACGUGACCAUCGGGUUGUUCUGCGUAAGGACACUGACUAAGUCCAGCGUGACUGACUCCUCAUUCCUUAAGACAAUAUGGCAUUUGGCCUUUUUUUAUUUUUGCUAUCAUUACUUUCUUCAUAUUUAGUGCUUAGAUUCAGUGUAAUUUGAUGUAUAUGAGAUUUACAGGCUAAGAUAUUUUUGUACUCCUAUAACAACAUUUAUAACAGUAAGUGACUCUUAUAAUAGUGGGAUUUUGUUUCAG